AUGUCCUCUCCACUUUCUGCUGAUGACGAAGAUAUCUUCGCGCGCCUGCAACAGCGUGCCGAUCCGAAAGUGCUGAAUGAGCAGCAACAGGCAGUCGAUGAGCGCGUUCGUGCUAUUUAUCAAAAGGCGCAGACUCGUCUUGGUGAAUUGCUCGACCAGAACUCGACGUUGCCAUGCACUAUCUCUUCGGUAGAGGUUCACGGCGCUCGCAACACCCGCCGAGCCUUUCUGGAGCGUAUCUUCAACCCCCUCCUAAGCAGUAACCAAGACAGACCCUAUACGCUCUCCGAGGCCUUGCGGGAAGUUUCGGCACGUGCGGAUAAGCUCAACAGAUUCGACAUCUUCCAACAACCCGUUUCGGUAUACCUGGAUCAGUCCGAAGUAGACGGAUCGGGUAUCCCGAGCAUCAAAGUUCAUCUCUCGGGCAAAGAAAGGUCCCGCGUGCUGUUGAAGACAGGUACUGAUCUUGGAAACGCCGAAGGUUCGGCUUAUGGCAACCUCCUGUGGCGUAAUGUAUUUGGAGGUGCAGAGAAUCUCAACCUAAAUGCGUCUCUGGGCACCCGAACACGGUCUGCCUAUCAAGCUACUUUUGACACCCCAGUCCUCAGUAACCCAGAUCUCCGUCUGGAGCUUGGUGGAAUUGCCAGUGCCACGCAGAAAUCCUGGGCAAGCCACGAGGAAGUGCUCAGAGGAGGAUGGUCCAAAUUCCGUUGGGCAAAUUCUUCCGGUCAGCAACAUGAAAUCGGCUACAACGGUUUCUGGAGACAAAUGACUGGACUUACCGAGAACGCAUCCCCUACUGUUCGAGCUGAUGCAGGCGACAGUGUCAAGAGCAGCGUGUUCCACAGCUGGAGCAAGGACCGAAGAGAUAGCCCGCUUCUUCCCUCUCGUGGUUACUACGCAAAGAUGUUCAACGAGCUGGCUGGUUGGGGUCCUCUCAAGGGUGAUGUCUCCUUCUGGAAGUCGGAGAUUGAAACGCAAGCCGCAGUUCCUAUUCCGAUCCCUGGCAUCAAAGGAGACAGUGGUAUCAGUCUGACUACUGGCUUCCGCGCCGGUCUUCUUUACCCUCUUGGACUUGAUAGUGAUUCCAGACCCCAGCUCUCUCGCACGAACGACCGAUUCCUACUUGGAGGCCCUACAGACGUCCGUGGAUUCCGUCUCUGCGGUCUUGGUCCCCAUGACGGAGCAGAUGCUGUCGGUGGUGAUUUGUAUGCUGCAGGAAGCGCCAAUCUUCUGUUCCCACUCCCCAGGGUAGGCGCGGAGAAGCCUCUCCGCCUGCAAGCUUUUGUCAACGGCGGACGGUUGUUGUCCCUCCGCACGGCUGACAAGAAUGCACCUACUUCGAGUGCGGAGGUCCAAAAUGCCAUGGCUUCCACGGUUUCCGAGCUAACCAACGGUCUGCCUAGCAUCGCGGCGGGUGUCGGACUUGUCUACGCCCAUCCGGUGGCCAGGUUCGAGCUCAACUUCUCCCUACCUCUGGUCCUUCGCAAGGGUGAGGAAGGCCGGAAGGGGCUGCAGUUUGGAAUCGGCAUCAAUUUCCUGUAG